AUGGUAAAAACUGUGAUUUAAAAUGCCCAAAUGGUUGUCAAGUAUGUGUUAAUCGAAACAAAUGCAUAUAAUACUCAAGUGAUAACCCAGGAGUAAUUCCAAACUAAUUGUGUCAUUAUUCAUGUUCUUAGUGUUCAGGCUUAACAAAAUUUGAUUGCCUUGACUGUUCUUCUUCAACCCGUAUUUACAACCAAAAAACAAUGA